AUGGCCUCCGAUUCCAAACAAAGUAAGUAUUUAACAGUUUAUUUACAUUAUAAUGGUUUAUUCGCACCAAAACCAUUAGUGUACUUGAACGCUGUUGUUGUUUCAAUCUGUGAUGUCGAUUUUGGUGCAAUGGAUUUCAAAGACUUUAACUUGUUCAUUGCAAAGUUGAUUGAAGGCAGUUGUGAUAAUGUAUAUUAUUGCACUAGAAAUGAACCAUUGGCAGAGGGUAUUAGGAGAAUUACGAAUGAUGCUGACUACUUUGAGUUUAUUGAAACGGGUUAUAGUGAUGAAGCCGGUCUAAGAAUGAAUGUGUAUAUAGACCACGAAAAUGAACCUGUACUUGAUUGGGCUGAUGAUGAAGGGCAUUAUUUCGACGAAGACCUGGAUGAUGAUAAAGAUUCACAACUUUCUGAUGAUAUUCCAUAUGAGCAUGAAGCAGAUGAUUACAUUCCUUCUCUUGACAAGACUAUUGGUGAUGAAUUCUUACAUCGGGUGUCAGGUAUGUGUAAGGAUAUAAAUGAUGAGGCUGAAACUGAUGAGGUUGAAACCAAGAAUGGAGAUGACAAACCAGUGUACCCUGUCCAUAAUGAGAACCAGAAAUGGGACAAAAUGGUGCCAAUUCUAGGUAUGAGAUUCUCUAACCCCAUGGAAUUGAAAAAUUGUUUGACUAACUAUGCAGUGAAGAAUGGGUACAACCUUUAUUUUGAGAAAAAUGAUAGUCAGAGGUUAUUAGUGAGAUGUUGUAAAGAGAACAAGAACCCCUCUUGUCCUUUUAGACUGUGGGCUUCCUGGAUGAGCAGUGAAAGGUCUUUCCAAAUUAAGUCAUUAGUUGAUGAACAUAACUGUUCAAGAGUCUUCAAACUUGGUUCCAUUGUAACAUAUAAAUGGAUUGGAAUGCAUUUUAAGAAUCAACUUCUGAAGAACCCUAAAAUGAGCAUAAGGAAAAUGAAGGCCAAAGUGAGUACAAAGUUUAACUUGAUUGUUAGUGUCACUCAAUGUAGAAAUGCUAGGAGAUAUGCUUUGGAUGAGAUAGAGGGUAGUUUGAUAGAACAUUAUGGUAAAGUAUGGAGUUAUGGAGAAGAAAUAAUGAGGACAAAUCCUGGUUCAACAGUAAAGAUAGAUGUGAAUGUCAUGCCUGAUUCCACAACCUACUUUUCUAAAAUGUAUGUUUGUUUUAAGGGUGUGAAGGAUGGUUGGAUUGCAGCAUGUAGGAGGGUAAUAGGGGUAGAUGGUUGUUUUUUAAAGGGUAUAUGUAGAGGCCAACUGUUAGCAGCUAUGGGUAGGGAUGCAAACAACCACAUCUUCCCUAUUGCAUGGGCUGUGGUGGAAGUUGAAAAUAAGGAAACAUGGAAGUGGUUUCUUGACCUCCUUCUGGAUGACAUUGAAAUGGGAAUUGGUCAUGGAUUGACCCUCAUAUCAGACCAACACAAGGGAUUAAUAGAGGCUGUCAAAGAAAGGGUUCCAGCAGCAGAGCAUAGACAAUGUGCUAGGCACAUCUAUGCUAACUUCAAGAAAAGUUUCAAAGGUGAACAAUAUAGGAAGUUGUUUUGGGCAGCAGCUGCUAGUACUACUCAACCAAAAUUUGAGGCAGAAAUGAAUUCCAUAAAAAAAAUUGAUCCUUUGGCUUAUGAACACCUCAUGGAAAGGGACCCUAAAAGUUGGUGCAGGGCAUUCUUUGAAGUGGACAGGGCUUGUGAUGCUUAUGAGAAUGGCAUAUCAGAAAGUUUCAACUCUGUUAUUGAUCUUGCUAGGAAAAGGCCACUCAUCACCAUGUUGGAAGAGAUAAGGAUUUAUGCAAUGGAGAGGAUGUAUAAAAUGUUGCAAGAGGGACAAAGUUGGGGGAAUUUAAAAAUAUGUCCAUCUAUAAGGUUGAAGAUAUCAAAGCUAAAGAAACAGCAAAGAUUUUGGGGUGUUAUACCAUCUGGGAUACAACAAUAUGAAGUUAGGAUUGGAAAUGAUGGAUAUGCUGUGGACCUUAACAACAACACAUGUGGAUGUAGAUCUUGGCAAGUAUCAGGUAUCCCAUGUGUGCAUGCAGUGGCAGCCAUUUCAUACCUUAACAGGAAUGCAGAGGAUUAUGUUGCACCAUGGUUCCAUACAGCCAUGUUCUUGACUUGUUACAACCAUACCAUUAACCCACUUAAUGGUAGUUCCAUGUGGCCUGAAGCUCCCUACAUGAAGCCAUUGCCUCCUCAAAAAAGAAGGUUACCAGGAAGGCCAACCCUUAAAAGGAAAAAAGAUCAAUCUGAGAUGGAAAGCAAGGGGAAAACAAGGCAUACUAUCUCAAAAGCAGGUUCAGUUAAUAGAUGCAGUAUUUGUAGAGAAAGGGGCCACAAUAGAUCAACAUGUCCUACUAGACCAGCAGAUGUAGCAUCCACUUCAAGGCCAAAAAACAAGAAACCUAAAAAAUGUAAAAAAGAGAAAGGUAAAGUGGAACCAGUUCAAGUGGAUCCAGUUCAAGCAGAUCUAGUGGAUCCAGUUCAAGUACCAGCUCCACAGGUUGAUCCAGUUCAAGCAGAUCCAGUGGAUCCAGUUGAUGUACCAGCUCCACAUGUUGAACCAGUUCAAGUAGAUGAUCCACAUCCAGAUGUUGAUGUCCCUGCUCAACCAGUUGCAACUAGGCAGAGGAUACGAAAAUACUCAGAAAGAAUUACCAAGAUAGGGUUGAGGAGGAAGGUUUUGAAGAAAGAAGGAAGCACUGGACACAACCCAAUGGUGUUGGAAUGAUUUUAUUUGGAAAGACAAACUUUUAGUCUUAUAAAUAUGUAAUUGGGAUAUUAGGACAACUGUGGGCACAUGGCACAUCUUUUGACAUAUUAGGACAACUGUGGGCACAACUUUUGUAAUAGUGCACAUGAUGAUGGAAU